GCGUUGGGACCAGCAGCCGCGGCGCGCCUGCGCAGUGACUACAGUUCAGACAAUCAUGGCGGCUUGUGUCCUUCCUCGGCUCUGGCUCGGGUCAAACCGGAGAGCCGCGGCUUUCUGCGCAUCAAGGAUUUCUGCUGCAUCCUUAAAACUGGUUGGGAAUGAAACUCGGCAACAAUGCAAAAGAAAUCUUUCCCUUCAUGAGUAUCUGAGCAUGGAUUUGCUGAAAGAUGCUGGCAUAAAAAUCCCAAAAGGACUAGUUGCUAGCUCUGCUGAUGAGGCUUUUUGGGCUGCCAAAGAAAUAGGGUCAAAGGAUGUGGUGGUGAAAGCUCAGGUGCUUGCUGGUGGUCGGGGGAAAGGAGAAUUUGAAGGUGGUCUAAAGGGAGGAGUGAAAAUCGUUUACUCCCCAGAGGAAGUUCGAGAUAUUGCUUCAAGGAUGAUUGGAAGAAAAUUAGUCACUAAACAAACUGGAGAGAAAGGAAGGAUAUGCAACAAGGUGUUUAUCUGUGAACGCAGAUAUCCACGAAGGGAAUACUACUUUGCCAUCACAAUGGACAGAUCUUUUCAAGGGCCAGUUCUCAUUGGUAGCAGUCAUGGUGGUGUGAACAUUGAAGAUGUGGCAGCUGAGACACCAGAUGCUAUUAUCAAAGCACCUGUGGAUAUUAUGGAGGGAAUCAAAGGGGAACAGGCUGUCAAGGUUGCACAGCUAAUGGAUUUCCCAGAUUCAUUGAUAGAUGAUGCUGCUGAUGUGAUUGUACGUUUGUAUGAACUCUUUUUGAAAUAUGAUGCUACUUUAAUUGAAAUAAACCCAAUGGUGGAAGACUCGUCAGGCGUGGUUAUGUGCAUGGAUGCAAAGAUCACUUUUGAUUCCAAUGCUGCAUACCGCCAAAAGGAAGUAUUUGACUUGCAAGACUGGAGCCAAGAAGAUGAAAGGGACCAGGAAGCAGCAAAAGCAGACCUUAACUACAUUGGACUGGAUGGCAACAUUGGCUGUUUGGUCAAUGGUGCAGGAUUGGCUAUGGCAACAAUGGAUAUUAUAAAACUUCAUGGUGGUACUCCAGCUAACUUCCUAGAUGUGGGUGGUGGAGCAACAGCCCAGCAGGUUACGCAGGCCUUCAAGCUUAUCACUUCAGACAGAAAGGUUCAGGCGAUCCUGGUGAAUAUAUUUGGUGGGAUUAUGCGUUGUGACAUAAUUGCUCAAGGAAUCAUUACUGCUGUAUCAGAUCUACAUUUAAAAAUUCCCAUUGUUGUUCGAUUGCAAGGUACACGUGUCGAUGAUGCGAAAGCAAUAAUAGCAGCGAGCAGCCUGAAAAUUCUUGCCUGUGAUGACCUGGAUGAUGCUGCACGGAUGGUUGUAAAACUUUCAGAAAUUGUUUCACUGGCCAAAGAAGCACAAGUCAACGUGAAUUUCCAGCUUCCAAUCUAAUCAUGAUACUUCAACCUCAAAGCUGGAGGCUUUAAAGGGGACAGUAAUAGAACACCUAUUUAUUUUUCAUAUGCUUGUGUUUCUUGAAAUGUGUGCUUAAUAAAAGGAAUGUCGUUAGCAGCCUGGGGUUAUUUAUUUAUUUGGAAGGAAAAUAAGCGUGUAAAAACAGGCAACACUCAUUAUUACUGUAUUACGGUUAAAUUAACAUUGAAAUGUCAUAUUAGUUUAUUAAUAUGAAAGAUUCGGAACAACUGCAUAUUCUGCACGAUAUAUCUAUGCCAUGCAGUCACAGUGCAGAUUGCCAAUUGGCCUCUUGCAUUGAACAUUUGUAACAUUUUAAUAUCUACAUGUCAUGUAAAUGUUGAGUGUUUUAUUAAAUCAUCAACGGUAA